AUGGGGCCUGGCCAAUUCAAUGUGGCCUCGCUGCCCCAGCCCAGCCGGGACACUCCCCAGGACCCAAUUAGCAGAUUGGAAAUCGCAUCCAAACAUUAUCGAGAAUUUGAAGUUAACAUGAGCAUUAUGAAUGUAUCAGAUGACAUAAGAAAGUCUGUGAUUGCUGUGAGCUUCAUAGCAGCGUUCCUUUUCCUGCUGGUCGUGCGUCUUGUAAAUGAAGUGAAUUUCCCUUUGCUACUAAACUGCUUUGGACAACCUGGUACAAAGUGGAUACCAUUCUCCUACACAUACAGGCGGCCCCUUCGAACUCACUAUGGAUACAUAAAUGUGAAGACACAAGAGCCUUUGCAACUGGACUGUGACCUUUGUGCCAUAGUGUCAAACUCAGGUCAGAUGGUUGGCCAGAAGGUAGGAAAUGAGAUAGAUCGAUCCUCCUGCAUUUGGAGAAUGAACAAUGCCCCCACCAAGGGGUAUGAAGAAGAUGUUGGCCACAUGACCAUGAUUCGAGUUGUGUCCCAUACCAGCGUUCCUCUUUUGCUAAAAAACCCUGAUUAUUUUUUCAAGGAAGCGAAUGCUACUAUUUAUGUUAUUUGGGGCCCUUUCCGCAAUAUGAGGAAAGAUGGCAAUGGCAUCGUUUACAACAUGUUGAAAAAGACAGUUGAUAUCUAUCCGAAUGCUCAAAUAUAUGUGACCACAGAGAAGCGCAUGAGUUACUGUGAUGGAGUUUUUAAGAAGGAAACUGGAAAAGACAGAGUCCAGUCUGGCUCGUAUCUCAGCACAGGGUGGUUUACCUUCAUUCUGGCCAUGGACGCCUGUUAUGGCAUUCACGUCUACGGGAUGAUAAAUGACACCUACUGCAAGACAGAAGGGUAUAGAAAAGUCCCCUACCAUUACUAUGAACAAGGAAGAGAUGAGUGUGAUGAAUAUUUUCUUCAUGAACAUGCCCCAUAUGGGGGUCAUAGGUUUAUCACUGAAAAGAAAGUGUUUGCUAAAUGGGCCAAGAAGCACAGGAUAAUAUUUACACAUCCAAACUGGACAUUGUCUUGAUAAUGGUUUUUCUGAUCUUGCCACAUCACUUAACGUGAUCCCCAUACUGCGACUGUGAUGCUGAUGAUGCUAAUGGAGAUGAUGGUAACGAUAAAGACAACAACAAUGAUUAUCAAGUUCCUGUACACUCUCAGAUGUGGAUGGUGACUCUGCUAGUAAUUCAAACUCAGCAUUUCAUGGAGGAUGGUUGUGCUCAUGAUGUUCUUUCUGGAGGUUCAACACUACAUACCGCACUUUAUAAUUUAACUGGAAUUGAGAUGAAGGCCAGUGACAUGACAACUGUGACCUAAGAAAUGGGAAGAUUAUCCUUCAAGAUAGCUGCCUAGAAUUGUUCAACAGUGAGUAACUUCCAAAAGCCAAAAGAGUUUGGCCUCAUGAGGCAAGGUGACUGACUCAAUGGCUUCUUGAAUCUCAGCAGCUCCGCCAUCUUGAAGAAUGAUUGAUUUUUCAAACACUGACCCAAGAACUGCUAUCAGGGUGCAAGUAUCUUACUAGUUAGCCUAAGGACGGGAAAAUAUCACUUCCUAAUAUGCCAUCUUUCAACAGUAUUUCCUACAGCUAAAGCCUCAGGCCAUUGCCUAAUUAACAAUGAAGAUUUCAUGGACGUCCUACACUUCAGGAUUACUUGACUAUCCCAAACACAUAAAUCAAAAUGGGCUAAGUAGCAAAUCUUGAUGAAUUUCCACUCUUACCAUCCAUUCUUACUACAGACAAUAUAACUGAACAUGUGAUUAGAAUGACCUAUAUUAAUGUUUAGUUAUUUUUGGUUGAGUCCUAAAUAUUUCAGAAGGCUACUUAACAUGUAAGAUACCAACUUCAACACUGUAAUAACAUAUACUGUGAAAACAUUCCUAAAACAUAACCAAAGGGUUUACUAACUCUGCUUCAACAUCCAACAACACAAAACCGUAUGAUUUUUAAAAUCAUGAAACAGAGAAAGCAAAGCAUAUUUUUACAUCAAUUUGUAUCCUAUCAUACUUCAUAAUAUAUAUUUGUAUAUUCAAAUUGCUAUUUUUUAGGCCCAAGAUGUGUUUCUGUAAACAUUACAUUCUCAUUGCCAAGUGCCAACUGUUAGACAUGGAGAGGAAAUGAUUCCUUAUAUUAAACCUGACCAGAGCUUUUGCCUUGUAGGAUUUUAUUUUUCCCAUAGUGUGUCCGUUGUUAUGCCACAAUAACAACAAUAAUAAUGACCUUAAUGUCCAAGGUACUUUGUCAUUUACAGUCCUUUAACAUCUGUUAUACCAUGUGAUGCCCCUGAACACCCCAUUGGGCUAUUGUCUGUGUAUUCUGCUAUCUCUUUAGCAGAUGAUCUGUAAUUUGGUCAUUGUUCUGUUAUAUUCCAGAUUGCUCUACUUGCUAAUAUUUGUAUAGAAUAGAAUUUAUGUAAACUAGUAACCAGUUGAUCUCUGUGCCAAAUACAUUAUAUCAGGAUUACACAAAAAGUAUCACAAAGGAUGGUCUUGGCCAUAUGCUAGGACCCCUGUGAAAAUAAGUAGUUUUAAGUAGUUUUUCUAUAUACAUAUAUAUACGUGUGAUUCUAUUUAGGGGGGGAAAGAUGAAAAAGCAGGGACAACGGGAGGAAAUGAAGGCAGAGAAAUAUAGUUUCCUGUCCUAGGGUUGAGACAAUUCUAUUUUUCAUAUACUCAUUGCUCAUUAAAUAUUAAAGGGAUGAUUUGUUGAGAGAGUAGCUGAGAGUUCAAAAACAUCCUUGCAGAAUGAUUCAAAAGACAAAAGCCAGGCUCAACUUACAGAAUGUUUUGGAGACUGGAAGUAAUGAUACAUUUCACUUCAGAAGCACUUGUAGAUAUUUACUAGUGCUAAGUAUUAUGGUGAGCUAUCAUUAAAAUGUGCCAUCUUGGAUAAAGGCCUUUUGCCUGCUGUCUUCUGCCAUUUUGAUACCUCAAUAUUCACACCCAUAAAAAUUACUAAGCCCCAGUUCUAUCCUCGGAAGGAGUUGUUAUUCUGUUGUUGUUCCCUUAUGCAAUUUUUAAUUCUAUGAAUGUUAAGUAUUUUUGAACUAAUGAUAGAUAGAAAUGCCUACUGAAAGAAAAAUAAACAGAGACAAAUGUUAAAAUUGCCAUAUAGACUGUUUUUCCCCCUGUUGUUUCACCUUAAAAUAAAAAGAAAUCCUUGAUUAAUCAGAAUGCCUUGGGACAUGAACUUAAUUUAUUUAGUUUUCUAAUAAAUGAAGGGCCAACUCUUAUUUGUUUUAAUCCCUGCUGAUGAGAAACAUUUGAAAACUUGCUUGCUCUCCUGCCUCGUUGUAGCUUUCUCUGAUGAAGACUUUUGCAGUAUAUUGUAUCCUUCACUCUAUGGCGGAAGUUGUGUGUGGAAUAUGUAGACUCCAGUGUUUUCUUAGGAGGGGUGGAAAGGGGCUUUUUAUUCUCUCCUCUCCUCUCCUCUUUCUUUCCUUUCUUUUUGCAUCUAAACUGCUACUCUACAUUUUGUAUUGUUGUUUUCUUUGUCUUUUUCUUUCUACAAACAGGAAACAAACAAACAAAAAAGCACAGGGUUUUCUCAAUUUGGAAACUCAAUUGAAUGAUUUCCAGUAUAAUCAGCAUUUUGAUAGAAUCUCACAACUUAUUUUUCUCUGCUUUUAUUUCCUGUUUUUCUUUGUUCCAUCUUUCUAAUUCUAGUGAAAAUUCAAAGUCUAAUUUCUCCCAUGUUGAGAAUAAAUUUUUCAUCUAUGAUUUACUGAUAGAGAAGAGCUUGGUAAGGGAGCAAUUCAAGGAGACUAUUUUGCCAUGCAAAUUUCUGAUCAAUUCCCACAGAUUCUGGUGAAAUGAAAGAUAUUCUAUCCAACAUUUAAACAUUGAAAAAUUUAACUGAACUUACUUAUCACUGAUGUGUAUUUAUCCCAGAAACUAAUAUGUGAAAAAUAAAAAUAUUUCAAUACUAUCCGUGGCUCUAGGAAAAUGAACUAUAAAAAUGGGUCACAAUUUUUCUGAAAUUGGCAUGAAAACAUUCAAGAUAAAAAUAAUAGACUAAAUAUCAUUUUCUAUUCUGCAUAAUUCUAUGAAAAAGCAAGGUAAUUUUUAAAAAGUUUUAAAAUUUAAAUCUUUUCCAAUUUAACCAAGUGAGAAGUAGUAAUGAUUUACAUUGUUAUGAUGAUAAUGUGAAUAAGAAACCUUUUAGAGUAUAUGAUUUUACAUUGCUAUCAAAGCUAUCAAAGAAAAAGCAAUUGGGAUUUGGAGGAAUGUUUGUAUAUAUGCACAUAGAGUCCAUUUGUGUGUGUGAACACACAUAUAUAUACAUUAUAUACUUAUAACUAUAUAUAAAGGCAUGUGUAUAAUCCUAUAUUCUUCACUGGUGCAUGUGAAUCAUAGAAAACCCUAUUUUAGACCUCAUCUGAAAUUUGUUGGGUUACAUUUUGAAUCCUGAUGAAAAAAGCAAAAAUCCACAUUAAAUGGACUGAUUGCUAAGAGUACAUAAAAUCAUAUUCAAAAGCUGGCCAGAAGAAUAAAGCUAGAGAAGCUGCUAAAUCUAGAAAACACAAUUAGAUGCCACAGUUGUCACAAAUCAGACUUGUAAGUAUAGCAAUCUGUAUUGUGGGUUCUGCCGAUUGCAGGCUUAGCUAAAGUCACAUUGAAAAACAUUGCAUCAAGCUUCAUUCACACUGAAGUAAAUGAACAUUGGUCCUCCUAUUCAAAUAAGCCAGUCUUUAGCAUAAGCAAAAUCCAGAUUUGCAUGAUUUUUAUUAUAUAGCUAGAGAACUGUGACCACUGUGAAAAAGGAAAUUUAUAUAAAGAGAUUGCUCUUGGAGGAUUUGGUAUGAAUCAGCUGAGGUAGGAACAAGAGUCUGAAUUGGGGACCUGCUAACCUUCCAAGAAGUAAAAGACCAUCAGAAGAGAAAGACUGUUACUUAGAAAAGAGACAGCACUAAAGUACUUCACCUGGUAGUGUUAAUUGGAUGUUAAUUAUGAGGUGGGUUUAAUUUCAAUAAGCGAGAAAAUAUAAUCAGAUGACUGAUUUUAAAAAAGAACAAAAACAACGGGCCCAUCUAGCCUUUAAUGGGACAUGUUAAAUGCAAACAAUAAAUUAUGUUAUUCAGUGUCCGUUGUUUGCAUGGCUUAGCACAACAAAGGAUUUACAGUCUGGGGGCCAGGAGGGAAAAAAUGUUUUUUUCUUAAAACAGCAUAUUUAAAAGACAAGACCUCAUCAUUUUAAUCGUGUACAUAGAUUACUGACUGAAGGAGCCAGUGCUAGCCUUUGUAAGUAGUGUAGAAUUUUAGAGCUGAAAGAGAUUUUAAAGACCAGCCAAUUCAACUCCUACACCUUGGAGCUGAGGAAACAGACAGAGGUGAAGUGAUUUGCCUGUAGUAAUAAACUGGACUAAUGGCAGUACUGAGACUCAAAUUCUUGUCUCAUGUUUUCUUCUCUGGUAAUUUUUCCACUACACUUUUUAGACAGAAGAGUAGCUGGAAAAAAAAAUGCCUAACUGAUUUUACUAAAGAGUCUAUUCAUGGAAUCCAAGGGCUCCAAAUUGUAUUAAUUCUGCUCAGGAUGAGCACACUGAAGUGGAGCAAUAUUUUCAUAAUUGAAGGAACAUAUCCCAUUGAUUGUCUACACUCUGUUCUCUCUGUUUGUUGCUAUUGGUAAGGCGAGGCUAUGUUCUGUUAUCACAAAAUUCUAGGACUUGUUUAAAGAACAUAAAGUUGAGUUUCUUACUUUCUCUUUGUAAUUGAGGAUGAGCAAGCCAUUGAUACACCAAGAGCUGUUGAGUGUUGGAGGUUGCCUGGUGAAACUGGCAGGUCCUGUUGCUGACAUUUCCCCAGAGCUAAAGUGUCCUCAUAUUCAAACCAACUCUGCUGCUCAAGUUAGUGAAAUUAUUCAACAGCACUAACACUACCCCUUUGGGUUCAUGCUCAUCCCUGCGCUAUAUGUGACCUUUGAACCUAGAUACCCUUCUGGAAGGUGAACGAAAGCCCCAAAUGUCCCUCAAGACUUAGUCUGCAUAAAGCAUUGAAAAGGAUUUUUUUUUCUCUACAGUACAUUUAUAUGAUACUGUUAGAAGUGAAGAAUUUUGAAACUACAUACAAUGGCCUCUGAAAAUGGUUCCUGUGGCUCAGAAAUGGUAUAUUGUUCUGUUGCUUGUUUUUGCUGAACUGUAGAGAAAACACCAGAGUAAAAUUCCAUGUAAAUUGCUAAGGCAUCGAAUCAGAACUGUCCUUGGGCAUUGUAACAGUGCAGAAAAUCUCAUUCAGUUUUUUUCUUUUUUUUAGUUAACUACUUUUUUGUUUCCUUUCAGAAUAGGCACUUUUUUUUUUUUUUUUUUUUUUGAGUAGAAAAGCUCUUCUUUCUCCACAGAUACGUCUCUUUUUGUUCACACCUUGGAUUCUUCAGAAAAUAGAAGCUCACUUCCUUCCAUAAAGGUGAAGAACAUCUUGAUGAAUAAACAGUCAACUACCAAGUUCACAUAUUUACCUAUGUAGUGAAAGCUGUUUCUAAGAAACUUCAAAGGGAUCAAAAUGAGGCAAUUUUAUAGCUUUUUGUUACCUAAUCUACAAAGUACUAAUUUCCUUGUGUUUAGCUUUGUUGUCACUGUUACUGAGUAAAUACCCAUUUCUGUUACAUACGGAACAUUUUUUGCUUCACUCAUUUUCCUGAGUUCCCAUGAUUUUUUUCUGUAGUUUCUCAUUCAUUUUAAAACCUGUAAUCUUCAUCUAUUUUUAGAAGAAACUGUAAAUUCACAGUUGUACAUUUGUUGAGAGUUUUUAUGACAUUAUAGUGCUUUAUUUAUAAGCAUUGUGUCUUAGAAUAAAGCUUACAAAAUGGCAAA